AUGUUCAACUUCCUCGGCUUUUUGAUUUUCUCUAAUUGCAUCGUUCUGGGUCACUCUUUGUAUUCAGUAGCAUUUGAGUGUGGUAAACCGGCCAUUUAUUUAAACAAUGAGUUUUGGGUGACGGAUUUUACUCAGGAUUGCCUUGAGGAUGAAUUGUCGAUCUUGAAUUAUUGUAAGAAAGUAUACAGAGAAAGAAACAUAACCGCAGUCGUCGCCUCUCCUCCUAUUGACGUGGUACUGUCAGAUUGGUGUGAGUUCGAACAUAGAAAACUUGCAAAGUGUCAAAAAGUCGAUGAUGAACGACAUGAGAUUAGGCCAUUUAUAUGCCUUGAUAAUAUCCCGAUGUCCGAAUUGUUUACUCCUGUUGGUUGUCAGUUAAGCAGCCUUGAUAAUGAUCGGAGUUACGUCUGUGAAAGUUACAAGUUCUGGGAGAAUUCACCCGAGAAGCUUGCCUGA